CGCUCGGACGCGCACAGCCAGCGCGCCGCGUAGCCCGCGCGUCCCGUCCGGCCCCGGCUGCGCCUCGAAAGAGGGAGGCUCUGGCCGCUCGCUGCCGGCGGGCGUCGGCUGUGUCGGGAGCGCGCCCGCCCGCCCCUCAGCUGCCCGGCCGGCAGCGGGAGAAGCGCGCACCAUGAGCGGCGGCGAAGUGGUCUGCUCCGGAUGGCUCCGCAAGUCCCCCCCGGAGAAGAAGUUGAAGCGUUAUGCAUGGAAGAGGAGAUGGUUUGUGUUACGCAGUGGUCGCUUAACUGGAGAUCCAGAUGUCUUGGAAUAUUACAAAAAUGAUCAUGCCAAGAAGCCUAUCCGUAUUAUUGAUUUAAACUUAUGUCAGCAAGUUGAUGCUGGGUUGACAUUUAAUAAAAAAGAGUUUGAAAACAGCUACAUUUUUGAUAUCAACACCAUUGACCGAAUAUUCUACUUGGUAGCAGACAGUGAGGAAGAGAUGAAUAAGUGGGUUCGUUGUAUUUGUGACAUCUGUGGGUUUAAUCCUACAGAAGAAGAUCCUGUGAAGCCACCUGGCGGCUCCCUACAAGUGCCAGCUGAUUUACCUUUAGCUGUAAAUACAGCACCACCGUCCGCCCAGGUGGAUUCAUCCUCCGCUGUCGCACCACCUCCGUACCAGCUCAUUAACCUACCACCACACCUAGAAACCCUCGGCAUCCAGGAGGAUCCUCAAGACUACCUCUUGCUAAUCAACUGUCAAAGCAAGAAGCCUGAACCCACCAGAACACACACUGAUUCUGCAAAAUCCACCUCUUCUGAAACAGACUGCAAUGAUAACGUCCCUUCUCAUAAAAAUCCUGCUUCCUCCCAGAACAAACAUGGAGUGAAUGGCUUUUUUCAGCAGCAAAUGAUGUAUGACUCUCCUCCGCCUCGUGCUGCAUCUGUUUCUGUAGACUCCAGCCUUUAUAACCUGCCCAGGAGUUACUCCCACGAUGUUUUACCAAAGGUGUCUCCAUCGAGUACCGAGGCAGAUGGAGAACUCUAUGUUUUUAAUACCCCAUCUGGGACAUCGAGUGUAGAGACUCAAAUGAGGCAUGUAUCUAUUAGUUACGACAUUCCUCCAACACCUGGUAAUACUUAUCAGAUUCCACGAACAUUUCCAGACGGAACUUUGGGACAGACGUCAAAACUAGACACUAUUCCAGAUAUUCCUCCACCUCGGCCACCGAAACCACAUCCAGCUCAUGACCGAUCUCCUGUGGAAACGUGCAGUAUCACACGCACAGCCUCAGAUACUGACAAUAGUUACUGUAUCCCUACAGCAGGGAUGCCACCAUCACGUAGUAAUACCAUUUCCACUGUGGAUUUGAACAAAUUGCGAAAAGAUGCUAGUUCUCAAGACUGCUAUGAUAUUCCACGAACAUUUCCAAGUGACAGAUCUAGUUCACUUGAAGGCUUCCAUAACCACUUUAAAAUCAAAAAUAUAUUGACAGUGGGAAGCGUAUCAAGUGAAGAACUAGAUGAAAAUUACGUCCCAAUGAAUCCCAAUUCUCCUCCACGACAACAUUCCAGCAGUUUUACAGAACCAAUUCAGGAAGCAAAUUAUGUGCCAAUGACUCCGGGAACAUUUGAUUUUUCUUCAUUUGGAAUGCAAGUUCCUCCUCCUGCUCAUAUGGGCUUCCGGUCCAGCCCAAAGACCCCUCCCCGAAGGCCAGUUCCUGUUGCAGACUGUGAACCACCCCCCGUGGAUAGGAACCUCAAGCCUGACAGAAAAGGUCAAAGUCCUAAAAUUUUAAGACCCAAACCCCAUGGUUUAGAGCGAACUGAUUCACAAACCAUAGGUGACUUUGCUACAAGGAGAAAGGUCAAGCCAGCACCUUUAGAAAUAAAACCUUUGCCGGAAUGGGAAGAGCUACAAGCUCCAGUUAGAUCUCCCAUCACUAGGAGUUUUGCUCGAGACUCCUCUAGGUUUCCCUUGUCUCCCCGACCGGACUCAGUGCACAGCACAACUUCAAGCAGUGACUCCCACGACAGUGAAGAGAAUUAUGUUCCCAUGAACCCAAACCUGUCCAGCGAGGACUCAAAUCUUUUUGGCAGUAAUAGUCUUGAUGGAAGAAGCAGUCCUAUGGUCAAGCCCAAAGGAGACAAACAAGUGGAAUACCUAGAUCUAGAUUUAGAUUCUGGGAAAUCCACACCACCACGUAAGCAAAAGAGCAGUGGCUCGGGCAGCAGUGUGGCUGAUGAGAGAGUAGAUUAUGUUGUGGUUGACCAACAGAAGACCUUGGCUCUAAAGAGCACCCGGGAAGCCUGGACAGACGGGAGACAGUCCACAGAAUCGGAAACACCAGCCAAGAUUGUGAAAUGAAAAUACUGCUUUGCUGAUUCUGAACAAAAGGGAACUGAAUUGUACAGAUAAAUCCUGUUUAACUGAAGAAGACUUGACACUUCUAGAUAGAUCCUCAACUGAGUAGAAUUGAAGUCAAAGGACCUUUCAGACAUAAUCAAACAAUUUAAACUGUAAAUGGUGCUUUGUGGUAUCUGAACAAUUCAUAACAUGUAAAUAAUAUGGGAAAAUAGUGUUGUUUAGCUCCCAGAGAAACAUUUGUUCCAUAGUUAACUCACUAGUAGUAUUACUGUAUUUAUGUACUUUUUCAUUUAAAACAUUGGUUUGGGUAUUCCCAAAUGUUCCAUAACAUAAUUCCUUUGGGAGUUCUUGUUUUUCCUCACACUACUCUAUAUAACAAUACUAAGUUAACUAAGCUACUUUUAGAUUUGGAAAUUGCUCUUUAAAGUGCACUCUAACAACAUUAAAAUGAGAAGUAGAUCCACAAUUUACCUUUCUACCCGAAACUUCAGGUGAUAACCAUUAGCUUAAACUACGGAGUACAGUUGGACUCAUCAUUCACUGCCUUCCAGAAUGCUGCGGAUAAUCAUGUACUGGUGUCAGGAGCUAAUUCUCUGGUUCAUGUACGUUUAGUUUUCAGUGGUGGAACUUUAUUAUAUUUUGUUUAUUACAGUGUUUUUCAUUCAUUGAGUGAAGAUUCUGCCAGGUGGGGUCUUGCACCUUGGAAAGACUGAAUAAUUACACUGUCAAAUAAGACUGUAGAUCACUUACAGCAUGCAGUGAUGAUGUGCUCUCACACUUGUUAACGUGUAUUAAACUUUACAUUAUUUGCAAAACGUAGGUUAUGUAACUAAUCAGGUACGUACUAGGCACCGAUGUGCUAAUACACUGAUCAGGUUUAGACAAUGAGCUUUAGUUGUGUUCUUGUAAGUCCUAAUAUUGGUUUCCAGUUUGGAUCUAAUGAAACAUUCACUGUUAGUUAUAGCAUCAUACUGUGAUUUUUUUUAAUUAGACAGUAAUUCAGAUUUAUUACUCUUAAGAAUGAAAUUCUAUCUUUUGACACCAUAGUGCCCUAUGAUUUUUUUAACUUUACUUUAUAUUCUUCUUGGCCUUAUAUUUAAAUCCCUAUGCAAUUAAUAUUUUAUAUCUACAUUUAAAAAAAAUAGAUGUUCUAUAAGUGAUUCUCAUAUGUAGCACUUAUUGCUUUUCCAGUAAAAGAAUUAAGGAUUUUGUACUGUGAUUUCUAUUCACUGCCCUAAUUCAAGAAAUAUUGAAGCAUUGCUAUAAUGUGAAAUCUUAAGUCAUGGACCUCUUCCAACCAGAUAUCUGAAAUGACCUAAGGAAUUAUAUAAUUCUUUCUCACCUAUAA